AUGCAUUCUAAAAACACCGUAUUACCACCUGCUAACGGGAAGAAGUUAUGGAGGGUUAAGAGAUCUACCUCAACUUCUCAAGCAUCACAUAACUCAGCUAUUUCACAGACUUCGUUGGAAUGUUUGAAAAACUCAUUACAAAUAUCUGCUGCUACUGCUGCUAACGGUUCUUUUUCUGCAAGAAGACCUUCCUUGAAGAGGCCCAAGAACAAACCGGGAAUGCCCAAGGAUUUUGUGUUUGUUGAUUUAUCACCAGUUAAGUCAGAAAUACUGGAAAAGGAAGAUUCUCCAAAUGUUAUCACACCAGCUAUGCAGUUUCCUUCUCCUCCGAUGUCGGUCGAUGAAUCUACAAACUUAUUUGAUUCCCCUGAUGCAAGUGAAACAAACACUUCAAGUGACAAUGAUUCUGUUUUCUCAAGUAUUGACAACUAUUUCUUUGAUCAAACCAACUCAUCAAAUCUGGUAUCAAUAAGUAAUGCUGGUUUGGGAAUCAGCCUUGACUGGAAUCAAUCUGGCUUUGUCGUGCCUGACUUUUCUCAACAGCAACAACAGCCUCAACCAUUCCAACCAGAACCACCUGUUCUCGAAGAUCUGUUAUCACAGCAGUUAUUUGGUUAUCAAAAGGCAAUGAUUCAACAGUAUUUGCAAAUCCAACAGUUACAACAACAAUUACAAGAGCAACAGAGAAAACAACUUGAAUUACAAACUCAAAAGAUUCAACAAGAAAUAGAAUUAUCAUUACUUUCUCCUAUAAAUAGUCAAUUCACAUUCAACCAAACUCCAAAGUCAGCCAAAAGAUCAAAUGAGAAGAAGAAAACUGCUGGUCAGUUCCAAUUCAAAUCUUAUACUGGUCCAAAGAAACAUGGAAGAUCAGGUUCUGAAGCUUCAAUCAAGAAGCCACAACGUCGGAAUCAACAAAGGUCAUCCAGCGUGGGAAAUUUCCCAGAGCAAUUGCUCACUCCGGUUAGUCAAGUUAGUGCCUUCGGUGUGGAUGAAACUAGUUUGCAGCCACCAAUUUCCUUCGGUCUUGGUAACAGCUAUCAACCUGACAUAUUUGAUUUAUCCUAUUUCGAUGCUUUAAAUAAUAAGGAUCUUGACUUUUCAUUGUUGCAGCCUUGUGGAAUUGAUCAAUUGUUACUUGAUACCCAAGAGUAG